AUGAAUUCGUCCAAAGUCAGUGUUGGUGCAGGGAAGUUGCCUCUUCAUUUGCAGGUAGUGCAAUCGAAAGUUAAUCCUUACUGUUCUUAGAGUGCACAAACUCGUCUCCACCUUAAAGGAGGCACAAUUGUUAACGAUGACCGUAAAUUCGUUGCUGAUAUCUACAUAGAGGAUGGUGUCAUCAAGUACCAUUUAUGUUUACUUUUAUUCAACUCUGCUCAGGCAGGUCGGGACAAAUUUGAGCAUUCCCGGCGGCGUCAGGACCGUGGACGUUAGGGGAAAACUUGUAAUGCCAGGCGGAAUCGAUACACAUACACACAUGGAAAUGCCUUUUAUGGGUACAUACUCUGCGGAUGAUUUUUAUUCCGGUACAAAGGCGGCAUUGGCCGGUGGCACAACAAUGAUAAGUAGGCAUCUGGUAAAUCUUACCCCAAACUUUUAGUCGAUUUCGUAUGCCCCGCACGUGGCUCCUCCAUCCUCGAGGCGUAUGAACAAUAUCGAGAAAAGGCAGAUUCGAAAGUUUGUUGUGACUACGCUCUACAUGUCAUUGUCCCUCAUUUUAAUGAAAAACUCUCAAAUGAAAUGGAAGUUCUAACGAAGGAGAAGGGAGUUAAUUCUUUCAAAUCUUUCCUGGCCUAUCCGGGCGUCUUCAUGCUUGAAGAUGAUGAACUUUAUGACUUUUUCUGCCGCUGCCGAGAACUGGGGGCCCUCGCUCAAGUUCAUGCAGAAAACGGGAAAUUGAUCUCCCGCAAGCAAGAGGAGGUUAUUCAACGUGGUAUUCUUGGUCCCGAAGGGCAUUCGUUUUCGAGGCCUGAAGCGGUAUGUCGUAAAACCGGUCUGGUUCAAUCCGUACAUGCUAAUACGUACUUGUAAGAGGCCUAUGUUAUAAUACCACAUCUACAGGGGGUUCUCUCUGAUAAUACCGAACUGUCUUUUAUUGGGACUUUUUCUUGGAGAGUCCGUUUUAUUCAUAUAGAAAAACAAGCACUUAACCAACCAUGCACUUCGUUUUCGUCUUCUUGGGGCCCUUUGGAACAAAUCACGGCCUUUUAUUUGUUAACUGUCGCUCAAUCCAAUGUCACUUGCAAAUGUUUCCCUGCUGCGUUGGCUCGGUAUAACUGACUGUCUCAUUUACUCGUUCAUUAAUCGGAGCCUGUGAUUUUCUUCUCCAGUUUAGGAUGUAGUUUCGGUGGUUUAGAUAUCUAGCUUUCCCUUGUGUUCGUCUUUCUUUUAAUUAGCCUUCCCGAUAAUAACCAUGCAGCACAGAUUUAUCCACCAAAAUGCUUUUGUUUAUAAAGGCUGAAGUUGAGGCAACCUCUCGUGCCAUCACAUUGGCGGACACUGCCAACUGUCCGCUCUAUGUUGUACACGUGAUGAGUGCCCUCGCUGCAAAGAAAAUCGCCGAAGCUCGUCAAGAUGGUGUUCUUGUCAUCGGUGAGGCAAUUGCUGCUGGCCUUGGCACCGAUGGAAGUCAUUAUCUUGACAAAUGUUGGCGCAGUGCCGCAGGCUACGUUAUGAGUCCGCCUCUAAGAAUGAAUCCUGAGACUCCGAAACUCCUAAUGAAAGCACUGGCCAAUGGACACCUUGAGUGCACGGGCACUGACCACUGUGUGUUUAAGGCCGACCAAAAAGCCCUUGGAAAGGAUGAUUUCCGGAAAAUUCCGAACGGCGUCAAUGGUGUUGAGGACCGUAUGUCGGUUAUCUGGGAAAAGGGUGUGGUAAGUACCACUAACGCCCUGCAUUUUAGCUGUAUUCCGUCUUCAUUUUUAAAUGCUCGUUGCUCAUUUAGACUAUUGCCGUCCGGCUGUACGGUCGUUUGACCCUUGCUUUUGGUCGAUUGUUUUACACGUUGGCGUUUGAUGUGGUUUCCUCUCAAGUGACUUGCGCGCACUCCUAGACUUUUCUAGCAGCAGCUCUCGCGGUUGGUGGGAUUCAACUUACUUCCUAGUAUUAUAUCUGUGUUGUUUUUUCACAUUUCGGCAUAUUUGUCUGUUUCCGCGACAGUCUUAUUCCCACUUAUAUUGUUGUGGUUAGGAGGCCUAUUUGAGGGACCCCAUGUAAUUGAUAGCUUUCAAACGCCUACUUGCACAUGUAACCGCGUUCAUAACUGUCUCAGUCGGCUUAAUGUUGCACAUUCACUUCAAAAAUCAUCACUCACUUCAGUCAGUCGGCAACAGAUUCCAAAGUCAAGUCCAGCCUUUUGCACGCCAGCUCCGUCGGUCUCACCACGUCCAUCUACGUUUUAAUGGGCCACUUCGGCGUCGUCGCCAGUCAUGGCCAGAUCCAGCCACAUUGACGUCCUGGAUGAUUUCACUGUCAAGCUGGUUCGACGCAUAGCCAAGGCAUUUCAGGCGACCUGUUAUGAGGAUCCGGUCGACCAUCGCUGCACGUGGGCUACUAUACGGUUAUUAGAGAUGCGAUCGGAGAAGGGAGCUCAAAAACCUCAAUCGGGAAUAAAACGGUUUAGUACAUAGGCCUCACAGGUCCGUAACACAAUGGACUUUGGAACCGGUAAACUAGCACAGGUGGUAUCCGUUAUAAGUGCAAGAUCGAAUAUAUCCAGACAAGUGGUAUGUUCUGAGCACACUGACCAUGUUUUACAUCUAUACGGAAAAAUUGUUUCAACAGAGGCCUCGUGUACCUUUGGCCUUGUCUACGAACUGAUAUCACGCAGCCUUUUUUUAUUUUCGAGGAAAUUACUGCGCGGACUUGGAGUAAACCACUCAGAGCAAGCCUUUUUAGGUAUGUUCUGAGAGUUGAUAUGAAUAUUUGGGCUAAGACCCGUCUGCCACGGUGGAAUAACCGCGUCAUAUUCACAAGCUGCCAACAGCCAGUCAGUAGUACGCAGAUGCUGAAUGAUUCACCACGAAAGCACAGGCACUAGCUAAAGUUCAGAUACGUGUUUGCAAAAUUGUCGACGAAUUCGGUCGGUCGUAUCCCUGGUUGAUCCGAUGGUCUAUUUCUCCCUUCCGUUGCCCGCCGGCGGAAAGUCCAACUCAAGGUGUCCGAAGCUGUCAAAUAACCCAAGAGCUUUAACGUCUAUCGGGCCAAGGCAUAUAUCGGACCGCAAAACUAGAGGUGGCCGCCUCCGUUUUUAAAUAAUUUGUUUUCAAAGUCACUUUUGCUUUUCAUGUCCAUCAGGGGUGCCACACAUUGCUCUUACGCAGAGUAGCUCACUAGUACUGCAUUUUGAACAGCACGCUGAAGUUCUGUAAUACAAUAACCACGGUUCAACAACGUUGGCUUAGUUUGCCAGUACUUUUUGAAUGAUCCGGCCAAGCUCGUAAUUAAAAACGUCUGGUGUGAUGACAGCCUGGCGGACGCCAAAGGCAACAUCAAAGAGUUCACUCGCCAUUCGCAUGAAUCUUUGUCUUUGUUCCGUGGUUUCAAGCUUCGAUCAAACAGUUUCUCAGUGACGUGCUCUCAUGCAACAUGAUGAGCCAUUGAAUCCCAAUAGGCAGAGUAAAAAUCAUAGGCAGGGUCUGCGAAACAGACGAGCGUGGACUGUCAAUAGCAUUGACGAUGUUUGAAGUCUCACUGAAGCAGGAAGCGCUUAUAUGCACAUCUUCACCCCAGAGUACUUCGUCUUUUCCCUCGUCCUUGCCGAAGGAUUUCAAGGUUGUGUAUUUUGACGGUCUGUCUUCUGCUUUACCGUUGCUUGUAUGCCGCGUAGUUGAACGAUUCGUAACCGAAUUUAACGUUGCACCCCGAGGCCAGAAAAAGUGUCACAUACUCGCAGGAGCGUAGCACAUGUCACUUCAUUUAAAGUAAUAUGUGACUAAAGCAUUAUUCGAAAAUGUCAACUCUUGACGCCUCAAGUCUCGUUUUCAACGCCAGUGCUGCCUUUGUGCUACUAUAAGGCUCCUCCGAGCUCCCUCAUCUGUUACUCGACGGUAGCGAUGAGUAUUCGGUAACUAUGAAACGAAGUAUGCAAUGGUACCGGAGUGUCGACUAUCAUUUAGUCUUCGUUUUAAUGCUCAGUGUUAAGUACGCAGUCUUACCGAGUUUACUUUUCCUAACGAUGCCUAAAAUUUAUUCAAGGUCGUGUAAUAUUUUACUAUCUGAUGGUAGAAGAGCGCUCACCGAGCCAGGGUUUGUCCGACUGGCCCUUUUUGAUACCGGGUUUUUAAUUUUAUCCCCCCACAGGUCACCGGUAUUAUUGACCCCUGCAAGUUCGUUGCCAUCACCAGUACCAAUGCUGCAAAAAUCUUCAACAUCUAUCCGCGUAAAGGCCGUAUUGAAGUGGGAAGUGAUGCAGACCUUGUGGUUUGGGAUCCUGAAGCCGAGCGUACUAUUUCUGCCUCGACCCAUCACCAGAAUGUUGACUUUAACAUUUUCGAGGGAAUGCGUUGCCAUGGUGUUCCGCAAAUAGUGAUCACAAAUGGACAUAUCGUCCUGGAGGAUGGUGACCUGAAAGUUAGUCAAGGGACUGGCCGUUUUGUGCCAACCCCACCAUUUUCGCCCUACGUCUACUCAAAAGUUGAAGGAAGGCAAAAGGUUUGUCCUGGUUCUCCAGUGCAUUAUUAUUCCUAAACCAGGGAUUUCCAUCUUACGGACGUACGAGCCGUGAACGAUUAACUCUUUAGAAGCUUUCAUUUGACAUUCAUGGGUAGCCUUAUAAUCCUUGAAUUUUAGUUGCGUGAGCGAAUUCCUGUCAAACGUGAACCUUACACUGGUCCCGUGGCCGAUUUGGGCGCUGCUCUGCAAGCUGUCGACAUCAAGGAAGUUUCAGCCAACGGUAAGGGCGAUCGCAUCCAGCCCUUCACUCACCAGCGUCCGCCCACGAGUGCCGGUGGACGCAACAUGCAGGAUUCCAGCUUUGCCCUGAGCGGUAAGUGCGCGCUGUCCUGCAUCUCCUUGUACACCUGUCUCUUAUCGCUUCAGCACUUCCAUAGGACAGUCAUUUUCCAGUCUUCAUUAUCGGUAGAUUGUCCGACUGUUAAAAGUACUAGUCUCACGGUUUUCCGUCUAUGAUGGAUCCGACCCACCAUCGUGCAUUUACAUAUGUCCGCGCAGGAAGGGAACACUCGUGCAUCUACCUCCAAGCUGUGUACUUGUGAGUUGACGCGAGCAUUUUUUCCACCUAGGCUGGCUUCUUGCAUUCUGCGGUCAUAUCUUAACUCUGCCACCACAUGUGCUUGGGGAUCGUUGCAUCUUCACAGAUGGCCUCACGACAGUUUAGUGUGUCGCAAGUCGACUUACUGUUUGCUGUCUUACGCCCGAUUAGUCUGUGAGUGCUAUAUCCUCAGACCUCACAACUACUUACUUAGAUUUGCCGUAUUAUAAAAUAGGCUCUUGCGUCCAGCGUGUCAACGGGUUUUCAUCUAACUACUGUCAAUGGCGACGUAGGCCUUCAAGUUUUUUUAAGUUAGCCUUGGCGCCCGGAUUUUCUUGACCUCACAUUUAGUGAGUAAUAAAUAGAUGUUGAUACAUUUUACCUUGCCCUCCACAAAUGUAGCGCUUUGAGAUUUUCUUGGACAUUUUAAAAACAUUGUGGCUCCAUAAGGUCCCUUUCUUUUGGUAAAGAGGGUCUUUUCGGCAGUUUUUUUCUUUAUAUCCUGCCCGCGUCUCAGUAUUACGAUCGCCUGUAUUGAGAACUCGGUCAUAAAAACUCACUUAAGUAGACCUCACAUGAUCCAUGUCGAACGGUUUCUAGGUUUGGCAGACCGCUGUCUCGCAAAUUUUCAGGCCUCAGUUAUCAUGUAAAGCCUUCGGUCCCGCUCCGGACCCUUCGUCUUUACUUUUUAACCACUUAACAGCGAUUGGUGUCCUUUCAGGCUCUCAAGUCGAUGAUGCUGUACCGGUGCGGUCAACCAUCCGAACACAACAGCCGCCAGGUGGAGCUUCAAGAUCUUUGUGGUAGGCCAACCCAGCCUCCGUGGACUAUCAAGGCUUUUCACGCUUGGGUCAAACCCUCACCACUCACUAUACGUCCUCUUAUCAUGUUCCCAAAUUCCUCGAACAGCUCCUCGUCAGUUUCGUAUAAUCUCUUUACCUCUUCUCUCUAGCUUCCUUAUAAUGUGCUCUUUUUGCGAAUACUCAGUGAUUUUGCAAAGAUACCUUGUGACUUUUCGUCUUCCCUCUUUUACGAAAGAGCUACUUGA